GAAAUGUAAUAACGCUGGCAAUUUUCUUCAUCUGCAACUACUGCGAACGUUCAAAGAUAUCUACCACGCGAGUGACCGUCCCUUACAUUGUCAAUAUGGGGCUGUUACUGGACUGGCCGUGCUGGGUCCUGACGUAAGUAAAAUUUUUGGAAAUCGAAAAACGGUCAAUGUUUGAAUGCUGAUCGAAUUUUCGUUUCUCCUAGGCUAUUGAACAAACCAUUUUCCCUCACUUGAAGGAGUUCAGUGAUAAUCUAGUCACAUUGCAGGACAGUGAUCCAGUACCAGAAAAACUGAUGGAAAUUCUUCAUAUUUUGGACAUAUUGAAGGUAAUGGUUUACUUAGUAUCUACACCUACUUGUAAAAUUCAGUUGUAGUGCACAUUUGGGGAGUGUAGAAUUGAGGGAGAAAGAGUGUCACUAGCUUUCUAAAUAGCCAUCUACUGUGCCACCAUUGUUUACGUCCAGUCGUAUCUAACCUUAACCCAGGAAAAGUGUCGCAAAAAGUAUACCUAAUUUUAACCAGCGAAGCAGAACAAACAUUUCUAGCUAUGCUCUAUUUUCACUUUUCUGAGAAAAAGUUGUGCAGCAGAUGAUGAAAUGUUUACACUUUUAGGACCAAGCAGCUUUGAACAAAUUCUCGUCUUUAUAGUUAUCAAGAUUUUUUGGGUAUCUCGUUUGAUAGAACUAGUGUUAAUUGGGUUAUGGUUGUGUCUAAUAAUGUAUGUGAAUUUGCGUUCGAAUAUUCCGCCUCUAUUUAUUGCUACCAGAUUAAUCCACCAUUACCAAUUUGUCCGUGUUUAACCCACACUCAUUGUCAGUGUUUGACAAUAAGUCAGUUCCCUCAAACGGUUUUAGCAAAUCCUUCAAAAAUUAGAAAUUAAAUUCAAAUUACCUAUGCAAAAUUCCUACUGUGAUCACAGAAACUUUGAUAGUGUAAACCAGAUUCAUUUGAUUAUUCUACCGCGUUUCAGAUGAGUACGAUCUCCGUUUUUCGCAACAAAUUGAAAACCAUUGCCAUGAUACGUGAGAAACAAGAACAGCUUCAAAAAUCACGAGGUGGUCAGAAAGCUUCCACAAAUGCCGCGGACAGUACUUAUAAAUCAAGUAUGGUGGAAUCAAAGCAAUGGAGUAAAUAUGUUGCUGAAUGGUAUAAACAGAUGUACGAUGUUAUCGGUGAUGCUUUGGUGUUAUUUCUCGGAAAUCUUGAAGAUUAUGAGAAUUUUACUCAAAGUAAGCCAACCCCGGUUGCUCAUCCUCGCACCUCUAUGGUUAACCAAUCAAGGUUGCAAUACGUACGAAAAAUGAUCAAAAAUGCUUCAGACAAUCGCGAGGAAAAAGCUUCGCCCUCCCUCGCCUUUUCUUUUCAAGGAGAAAAAGCUAGACGAAUAAACGAGCUUUCUUUGUCAACAGCAAUGGACGAAAAGUACCAGGCGUAUUUAAAUAUUAAUUUUUUUGAUAAUGCAAACAGUGAACUCCGAUUUCAAAAUUUACUUGAAAACUCUAUAAGACCGGAACAGAGUUUUAAUUUUAGAAGUCGUGUAACUAAAUUGCCGUGUCUUAACGCAAGGAGGACAUCGUUUAGAAAGACUACAGGUUUGUUAAGUUUGCCCUUAUAAUGUCUAAGUUUCAUGUUAAGUGUAAAUAGUUAAGAAGGUUUAAUGUCUGGUUUAAUGAAAAGCCAAGAUGAAACGAGUUUGAGAGUGCAUGAGUGUUGACAAUGAACUCUUAAUAAUGCUUUCCCAACACUAUCAUGUAUUUCAUUUAACUUAAAACGUCGUUAAAACAAUGUUAUUCUGGAGCCUGAAAUAUCUCCCGUAAGAAUUCGUGACUGCCAACUUUCAUCAAUUCUCAUCCUCGAUUAACCGAGGCUUAAGCCUAGUUUCCAUUUGGUCGUUAGUUGUCGCUGGCACGACAAGUGGCCGAUGUAAUAGAGCGUCAACAAAACUUUAUAAAACUCUGCAAUCAUUAAGACUGAUUUGCAUAUAACACACAAAAAUUUAAGGUUUUACUACAGCUCGGUCUGAUUUAAUGAAACUGAUACAUGUAUAUGUUGAGCCGGAUUACCAUAAAUUACAAUUGAUUAUCACUAUCAUAUCGUGGGAAUUUGCAAUUUGAUAGUGGAAACACCGCAGGCGUCCGUAGCAGUGGUAGCGUCUUCAUCUCUGCGUCUUCACAGCGUUCUUGGAAGAAAGUGACAAAAAAGUAGAAAAAGAAAGGUGUGAUAUAAACUGUGCUAUAAAAGCAAUGCCUGCUGGUCUAAGUGAAAGCAUUCUUGAUUUUGACAAUGUGGAGGGUAUGAUAGAUAAAUGUGUGGAAAAACUUAAGAAUAUUUUAGACCGCUGGCGAUGUUACCUUGUUAAAGAGGAUCUUAAAGAAUUGCAGGAUGUUAUUGAUUAUCAAGUCAAAAUAAAACAACAUAUAAAGUUGGGCUUGGAUUCUCAGGGCAGUCCAGGUGAGAACAUGAUGUACUAUUGUUUUACCUGUAAUAACAUGAUAUUUGCAAAUACGUUGUAAGGCCAUAUAAAAAAAAAUAGUUGGUUAGCGUCCUUAGCUUUUGCCAAAAAGUGGGCGGGCGGACGCUUUUUUUUUAAUUUUUACUAAUUUUUAACGCCUUGGUUUUACUCACUGUUAGGUCCGAAACUGGAUUUUCUUGCGCGGUACAGAUAUUUUUAUAUAUUUCAAAAUAUAAUUCAUACCGUCAUUUUCGCACGCAAUUUCGCAAAUUAUUAACACAAUUGACUACAGUCAACAGAAAUACUACAUAUAUUAGAGCCCGUUGAUCAAUAAAAGUCGGGGUUUUUUAAAAUAAAAAAUUAAAAAAAAUCUUGAGUGGGGCCUUUUUUGUGGGCGGGCGGGGACGCUAACCAACUAUUUUUUUUUUAUGUGGCCUAAGGUUCCAGCAACAUAAAUUUUACGAAGUGACUAUAUGACCGGCAGCCGGUCACGGUUUAUCAAAUACUAAAUGGCCGGCAGUCUAGUGACUAUUGUUAAAGUUGAAUUUUUAUAAGAUAAACCUAUCUCCAACCCCAAACCCUUUUCUAACCCUAACCCCUAAGGCCCUAACCUCUAACCCUAACCUUUUGAGAGUUAGAAAAGUCGGAAAAAAAAGUUUAAAAAUUUUAAGAAAAAACAAUGCUAAGUCAGACAAAAUACAUCCCGACUGCGUUUAACUUUCCGCACGCAGCGCCCUUGCUGUAUGAGCUAACGGCAAGCUCGGUAAAAGUUAACACAAACAAAAGUUUUUAUAUUCAACUAUAGUCACUAGACUGCCGGCCAUUUAGUAUUUGAUAAACCGUGACCGGCUGUCGGUCAUAUAGUCACUUUGUAAAUUUUAUGUUGCUGGAACCUUACAACGUAUUUGCUAAAAUAUUCUGUUUGUACUCGUUAUAAAUUUGCAUUUAUUCUAGAGACUUCCAUGAUGAAAAGAUAGCUAGAUAAGGUUCUGACCGUGCUUUUUUCAUUAGUUCCAGACGAAACUGGAACCCUUUAGGGUUCCGGCGGCAAUUAACUGGUUGUGACCAAGCUCCGGUGCACCCCUAGUGACCAAGUAUGACUACAGCAAACAAACAGAGCAUCUAUCAAGAACUAACUGGGCACUAUGUCUACUCAGCCUAACUUGUAAACAUAGUUCAUCUAGACGGAUGAUCUGUCUGUGUACUGAUGCAAUUCUAGGUUUUUUUGAAUGGCAGAAAUUUCCUCUGUAGGGGAAGUGUGAAUCUUUUCUGGGAUUACCCAUUGCAGAUUAGGGCAGUUCUUGAUAUAAAGAUUUUGGAAACAGUCUUGCAGCUAAUCAGAUAGCCUGCUUUUAAAAUACAACUAUUUAUUUUUGUGUAGAAUUGGAAAUAAUUGAUCAAGAAGACUUGACUAGUUCACCAUGGCAACAUCUUGGCCAUGGUUAUUUUGCAGAUGUCUUUAAGGCUAAAAUGAAAGGAGCGCCAGUUGCCGUUAAAAUUCUCAAAGAAAUACAAAAUCCAUCUCAGUUAAAUGAGGGCCGUAUCUUAAGGUAAUAACGAUCAAUUACCUCUUUCUAAAAAUUUCAACUAUAAAACAAAGUUAACUUUAUUCAUACUGGAUAUUUCUGUCAGUUCUACACCAUUCUCUGUAGAGGUCUAUAAAGGUCAUCUGUUAUUGAUUCCAGUGUUACUGCAGGUCAAAAUAAAAACAAAAUUGUACUGUGCUUGAUUGAAUUAAACUGUAAGGUCUCUGAUCCAAUAAUUAUAAAUUAUUAAAUUUUGUCAGGUUAUUGAGGCAUGACAACAUUGUUGCAUAUCGUGGAAUGGAUUACCUCAAGAAAGAUUUACCCGGCGAAUACGAAUUAAAACAAGGUAGCUUCAUGAUGAUUAUGGAAUAUGUUCCUGACAAUCUGAGCACGCAUGUGGAAAAAUUGAAAUCACCCGAAGUAGAAGGUUUACCGAAAAGUCAAGUGUGGGACUUUGGAGAGCAGAUCAUGAGUGGCUUGUAUUAUUUACACAGUUUCUCUAUCGCACAUAGAGACUUGAAACCUGAUAACAUUUUG